AUUUACAAACUGUUAAUUGCAUCGAACUUGGAGACAGCAAUAAAAUAUUAUGUGCAAAAAGUAUUACAAUGGAAAAAAAGUUACAAAAAAGUUUUACUCAUAACAUCGGAUAAUGUAAAUUUUUGUUUCUGAUUCGUACUGAUUAAUAAACUGCAAAAGGUGUUGUUUCAAAUUUGAAUGGCUACCAAGUGCGUUGAAAAGAUUUUUGUGAAUCUAGUGACAGUGAUUUAAACAAUUAAAUUAUAGUAAAUCGCUUUUCGUCAUUAUGUGUGCAGUGCUGAAAUAACGCGAUAGUGAUGCAGUUAAAAAAAUAUCUGCGUUACUUUAGUGUUUCAUCGAUAAUAUAGUAUACAACGAAUCGACGAUGAUAAAUCAACCCAAUUUGUGAACACACGGUUUACAGACAUAAUUGAAUAUGUAAAUACAUUUUGCACGUUUAGCAAUUACGCUUACGUAGCGCUGACAACGUGAAGUUACGAUAAGACAAUUGUGUGAAUAAAGACGAUCAUUUUUAUCACAGAAACAUACAACGAAGCGCUGUUCCCGCCAUUGUACACUGUACAAAAAUUCUGGAGACUGAGAACUGAUCUAAUAUUUUGCGAAAAGAAUCAUGCCGAUUAAAAGUAUCGUUCGACCAAGAUGACGUCGGAUAAGCAAGCGAGAUCGUCUUCCUGGCUAUUGCGAUCGUGUAAAAGAAGCCGGUUUAAAGUAGAAUUGCUAUACUUUGUGUUUGGAUAUUUAGUGACACACUGCUCGGCUAGAAACAAUCCUCCCAGAUUCCUCAUAGAUGGACAAACCGAAAUCGUACUCAAAUUUAAGGAGGGACCUGAGACUCCAAUUGGCAGUCUAAUUUAUAGACUCAAAGGUUUCGACCCAGAUAGUGAUAUUCUGACAUUCGGCGUUCGAGAUCAGCCUGGUAGCGAUGUGAUUCGAGUCGAAAACUUUGGUUCCAAUAAAGCCAACAUUUAUUUAAAUAAAUUGCUAGACAGAGAGAUGAGAGAUGAGUACGCGCUCGUGUUAACAUUGACGGAUGGAAGACUGGGAGAAGGGAACUUUAUCACACAAAGUCUGUUGCUUGUGGUCGAGGACAUUAAUGAUAAUGUACCGAUUUUUCGUCCGCAUCCCACCUCCUUAACACUUCGGGAAGACGCGCGUGCAGGAGGAGUCCUAACGACGGUGGAAGCUACCGACGCCGAUUUGGGUGCUCAUGGUCAAGUAGUGUAUUACCUUCAAGAGCUGGACGGCGAUAACAACGUUUUCAGCAUAUCGACCGUCAAUGGCAAGGGCGUUAUACGCUUGGUCGGUUCUUUGGACUACGAACGAAAGUAUCUGUACCAACUGCGAGUCCUGGCCGUAGACCGCGCGAUAAAUGAAAAGGUAAAUACGGGAACAACCGCGAUUCUGAUCAAAGUGCAGGAUGUGGAGGAUCAACCGCCGGAAUUCAUAGCCAUGACGCCUGUCGCAAGAAUUAGCGAGAAUGUUAGAACUGGUACAUCCGUUUUGCAAGUUCGUGCCGUGGAUGGUGAUAAGGGGAUAAAUAACAGAGUGACGUAUAGCAUCACGAAGGGACCGAGGGGUCUGUUCGAUAUUGAUGCCACUUCUGGCCUCGUGUUCACCAUAGCGCAAUUGGAUAGAGAGGCCGACGAGAAUAGCGAUGGCACUUUCAUUUUAGAAAUUACAGUAAGAGAAGUAUCGAAAGUUAAUCCGCCGCCGUCUGUCAGUACCGAAGUCACUAUCAUUCUUACUGACGAAAAUGACGAGACGCCAACGUUUCGAAGCAUGAUGUACCAUGCCGAAAUAAACGAGAAUGCGCCGCAAAACACCCCGGUCACCUUUAUCGGCGAUGCCGUACCGGAAAUCUUUGAUCAUGACUUGGGUUCCAAUGGCACCUUUAAUAUAUUUAUCAAAGGUAAUGCUGGAAUAUUCGAUGUAACACCAUCUCGUGGGAUCAACGAGGCGCCUUUUCUAAUACGCGUUAAGGAUCCGAGUAAACUUGAUUUUGAAAAAAUAUCAGUGGUAAAUUUUACUCUCGUCGCGAAAGAAGACACGCCGAUUUCGCCGAAGUACAGCGAGGUACCAGUUACGGUUUUCAUAAAAGAUCAAAAUGACAAUUAUCCGGAAUUCACGAAAAGUGUUUACGAAGUCUCGAUACCAGAGAAUUGUCCUGAAGGAACUACUGUAGCUUGGGUGCAAGCCUUGGAUGAAGACAGCGAUAACUUUGGAACGCAUGGAAUACGAUAUACAACUUUAAGCGGUAGCAUUGCAUACGCAUUGACAAUGGACGCUCUUACCGGUGUGAUUACUGUCAAACAUUCCGGACCAAGCUUCGAUCGGGAAUUAGUAGCUCAACAUCAUAUCACGGUCGAAGCACGAGACGAUUUCGGAAAAGGAAAUCGCAACACCGCACAACUGAUAAUUAAUAUUGACGAUCUUAACGAUAACGCACCUAUAUUUAUACAAAACAAAUACGAAGCGGUAUUGCUGGAAAAUGAGGAUCACUUUGAAGCACCUCUAGUCGUCGAAGCAUCCGAUAAGGAUUUGAACGGAACGCGAAAUAGUGAGAUAGUUUACGCUUUAGUAUCGAGCGAAUUCUCCCGAAAUUUUACAAUCGAUCCGAAACGCGGCAUUGUGACACCCGCCCGUCCUAUGGAUUACGAGGCUCUGCCUAUUCAUCAAGGGGACAGAGAAACGAUAAUACGUUCAUUGAAAUUGACAGUGAGAGCCAGAGAUAUGGGCACGCCGAGUUUGACUUCUGACGUUUCCCUGAUUAUUUAUUUGAGAGACGUUAACGAUAAUGCGCCGGUCUUCGAAAGAAUGUCGUAUAAAAUGAGUAUACCCGAAGAUUUUCCGGGUGGCACGAGUGUUGUGCAAGUAAAGGCUUGGGACAAGGAUCAAUCGUCGCCCAAUAACAAGUUAGUUUACAGAAUUCAGAGCGGAGCUGGGGACAAGUUCGUAAUUAGUCCUGAAACAGGCGUGAUCCAAGUAGCGCCGGGCUCGAAUUUAGAUCCUGAUCUAACGUCGCCAAAGACGACGAGAUAUAACUUAAAUGUUAUUGCUAUCGAUAGCGGCACGGAGAUUCAGCGCACGGCUCAAGUUCUCGUGAACAUCACGAUCUUAGAUGUUAAUAAUAAACCGCCUGUAUUCAUUGAUCCCGGAACUGUUACUUUUAGAGAAAACAUGAAAGUUGGCGAAUAUGUUUAUCGCGUAGUAGCUCAAGAUCCUGAUGUAGCUCCAAUAUUACGUUAUCAAGUGGAUCCUAACUCAUCGGAAGCGCGAAAUGAGGAAGGCACUUUGAUCAAAACACAGGAGUACGAUUACUUAGCAGCGUUGAAGUUAAAUCCAAUUGAUGGGCUGCUGCGCAUAGUAAAACUGUUAGACAGAGAAAGAGUAGAAACUAUUAGACUGGGACUCGUAGUUGAAGAUUUGGCCGCAGUAAGAGGUUUGCAAACUGCGUCUGCCACGCUGAACAUAAUUAUCGAAGAUGAGAACGACAACAAUCCCAAGUUCCGGAGACCCUUUUACAGACGCUCCGUCACCGAAAACAGCAAAAAUGGAAUUAAUAUCGCGAAUAUCGUUGCUGACGACGCUGACAAAAAUCGUAGCAUCACAUAUUCUUUACAAGGCCCGAAAGAGAUAACUGAUCUCGUGCAUCUGGAUUCUGAGACCGGAGAAAUGGUCGUCGCUAGUAAAAUUGACAGAGAACUAUAUUCGUGGCUUAAUUUAACGGUUAAAGCCACGGAUUCUGGAAUUCCGCCUCGAUCAAGCUUAUCGGAAGUAUACGUUCAAGUGUUAGACGAGAACGACAAUAAUCCGUAUUUUAUAUCAAAUGUCAGCAGUGUAACUGUCAUGGAGAACUCAAAAAUUGGCAUGGAAAUUGCCGUCAUACAAGCGGCAGAUCCCGAUAGCGGAGAUUAUGGAAAAAUCACCUAUCUUUUAGACAGAAUGUCAUCCCAGGGGACUUUUGCUAUUCACCCAGAAACUGGAUCGUUAACAGUGGCUGAUAUUCUAGAUUGGGAGAGCAGACAUAAUUACGUUCUAGUUAUAGAAGCUUGGGAUAAUUAUCAGUUUGGAUAUACGGCCGGGGAAUCUCGAAACGCGUUUAAACAGAUUCAGGUAACAGUUGCCGAUGUGAAUGACAAUGCUCCGAAAAUGGACACACCUCAAAGCUGCGUCUCGAUAUCAGAGUUUCAUGACAUACGCGAUUUAAUUUACAUCAUAAAAGUGAAAGAUGCCGAUGAUCCAACAACGCAAAAUGGGCGCGCCAUAAUUAAGAUAACUUCGGGAAAUGAAUUAAAUUUAUUUAUAUUGGAACAAAUUGAUUAUUGGACGGCAAAGAUAAAGGCCGCACAGUCGCUACGAGGAAAAUUCGGAAAUUACACAUUAAAUAUUGAAGCGCGCGAUUUGGGAACGCCGUCCCAUAAGGAUAAUGGAAUUUUGGAAAUUUGUGUCACGGAUUACAAUGAUAAUCCCCCUGUGUUCAUCAGUCCUCAACACAACACCACAAUUCGUGUUCCAGAGAACGUAACAGUGGGAAGUCCGAUUAUUCAAAUCGAGGCGAGAGAUGACGAUACAGGAUUAAACGGCGACGUGCAUUAUCGGUUAAAACAGGACCUUGCGGGUCAUUGGAGAACUUUCCGCAUCGACGAGAGGACCGGCGUGAUAUCUUUAAAGUUACCACUCGAUAGAGAAACGCAGAAACUAUACGAGAUACGAAUCGAAGCGUACGACUUAGGUACGCCGACGCCUCUAAGUUCGGAUCUCGAUUUAAUUAUUUACGUGCGGAAUAUCAAUGAUUUCGAGCCGCAGUUUCUAGUGAAAAUUUUUAAUAUCAACUUCACGGAGGAACAAUCUCCCGGAUCGGAGAUCAUUUUACUUCCGGAAACGAUCGAUAAGGACGAAGUGGACGACUUGGAUGAUCCUCCCACGCAAGUUUGUUAUUUCAUAGUUGGCGGGAACAACGAAGGACUAUUUGUUUUAGAUAUCUAUAAGCACGAACUAAGCACUGCCAAAAUACUGGACAGAGAACAGCAAGAAGAGCAUGUAUUGCUUAUUAAAGCAACGGAAGAUUGCAAGACCGUUCCAGAAAAUAAAAUGACAUUUAACGAGACGGAUGACACCUUGUUACAAGUCAUCAUAAGGGUUGAUGAUAUUAACGAUAACGCUCCGCAAUUUACUAGCAAGAUUUUUACGGGCGGCGUCACCACUGAGGCCGAUUUUGGCACGCAAUUCAUGCAUGUCAAGGCAAUUGAUUCGGAUAUCGGCGACAAUGCUGUACUCAGUUAUUAUCAAGUAGGCAAAAUUCACAUGACGUUAACCGAAGGUUUUGAUGAUAUGCAACUGCAACCAUUUCUUGUAAAUAAGGAUACCGGGGCAGUGAGUCUGAAUUUCGAUCCUCAGCGAGGAAUGAAGGGUUAUUUUGAUUUCAUGGUACUCGUUAAUGAUACGUAUGGUUUACAAGACACCGCAAGAGUUUUCAUUUAUUUGCUACGGGAAGAUCAAAGGGUUCGUUUUGUUCUCCGCCAGCACCCGCCAGAAGUUCGAAGUCACAUCGACACAUUCCGAGAAGUUCUGGGCAACGUAACGAGCGCUAUCAUUAAUGUUGAUGAAUAUAAAGUGCAUGAAAAUCAAGACGGUUCAGUAGAUAGAACAAAAACGGAUUUAUAUUUGCAUCUCGUAAAUCGUCGGGACAAUUCGAUUCUCGAAGUAUCCGAGGUUCUCGAGUUGGUCGACAGAAACAUCGAGAAACUCGACAAUCUGUUCAAAGAGUUCAACGUCCUCGACACGCAGCCAGCAAAGCCUCAACCGCUUGUGCAGUACGAACAAGCCGGCACGACUUUCUGGCUCCUCACGUUGACUCUAUUCCUAGGAGCCCUACUGAUUCUAUGUGUCGCUUUGUGUUUGUCUCAAAGAGCAUCUUUCCGAAGGCAACUGAAAGCGGCGAAUGCAUCACCGUUCGGUGCGUCAGACUCGGAAUUUAUUCGAAGUCCUGGUCGCGUUCCGAAUACGAACAAACAUAGCGUGGAAGGAUCGAAUCCCAUAUGGAUGCACGCUUACGAAAACGAGUGGUUCAAAAGCGACGAAUCGUUCAGCCAUACAUCCGAAAGAGAUUCUCUUGAUGAGAAUGCACUUAAUAACGAAGACAUGAUGAACGAAGCUAAUACUAACCAAAGAGCCGAAGACAAACCAUAUUAUAUAGAGCCAAGAGUUACAACUAUUUCUAGAAUGCCCCUCGCAGGAGCAUGGUUUAAGGUGUGGGUUUAUUUGGGGCUCAUUUGCGGUUGGGGCGAAGGUGCUCGACCACGCUUUGACACGUCCACAGACAUGGGAUUGGUAUUGGUUCCAGCCGAUGCCGAGGUUGAGUCUGUAAUUUUCCGAUUACGUGCCAUCGAUCAAGACGCGGACUUUCCCCUCAUUUUUGAAAUAACCGCAACGAUCACGCCUGUUGUAAGAAUCGACAACCUGCCAUGUACGUUGUACAACAAAGUCUGCCAAGCUAAUGUAAUUUUAACCAAACGCCUUAUGGCCGGACGUCUUCACGAUUUCGCCGUCAGGGUUCGGGAUACUAAGGGAGACUCAAAUUCGAUGCAGGCUACGAUUUCCGUAACAAACGCUACGACCUCGCGUGAUAAAAUAUUCCCCCACAUUCCUACUUUGAUAAUGGUGCCAGAGGAUACCAAACCGGGCAAAGAAUUAGAUUAUCUCCUCGUGCGAGCGAAUUCUUGGAGCGGCAAACCAGUUUAUAUCGAAUUAUGGCAACCAAAAGAACUUUUCACCAUCCGACAGCAGCAAACGCGAACGGAAACGCGCGGAAUUAUUACGUUAAUCGGUGAAUUGGAUUUCGAGACGCAAUCGAUGUACACUCUCACCAUUUACGCGAUGGAUCCUUACACGGAAUAUGGAAAAGACACUAGAAACAUCGCGGGGGUAACUGUUGUCGUAAUAGUUCAAGACGUGCAGGAUGAGCCGCCAAUUUUCACCUUAGCACCGCCUUUAACAAGACUUAACAAUUCUGUACAAAUUGGCGAUGUGAUAUUACGAGUUCAUGCGGAAGACGGAGAUAAGGGAGUACCGCGCGACAUCAUAUACGGUCUGGUGUCCGAAAACAAUCCUUUCGUACCAUUUUUUAACAUCUCAGAAAUCACCGGUGAAAUCAUUCUCGCCAGAUCUUUAGAGGAACUCACGCAAAUUACUCAUGUCGGUGCGCCAAUUGUACUCACCGUAGUUGCUGAAGAGAUACGAAGAUCACGCGACGAACCUCCAGCUAUGGCGACGGUGGUUGAAGUCGGUUUUCUUCUCGGAGAACCGGGCAACAGUCCGCCGUACUUCGAGAAUGAUAACUACAUUACAACAAUACCAGAGAACUUAGAUCCAGGUACCGUGAUAAUGUUUCCUGAACAAUAUACGACUAGAGUCCAUGACGAAGACAUCGGCAAGGCCGGUGUGUUCGCGUUGAAGCUACAGAAUAACAAUGGCACAUUCGAGAUAAAUCCGGCUGUUGCUGAAAGAACGGCGGAUUUUGUUAUCACAGUACGAGACAACACACUCAUCGAUUACGAGAUAUACAAAAGUUUAUCCUUUAAGAUUAUUGCUCAAGAAGUUGGCCCAGCGACAAAUCUAUCAGCAUCAGCGACGGUUUUAAUACUUAUAGAAGAUGUAAACGAUAACUCGCCAGUGUUCGACGAAGAAUCUUACGAAGUGACACUGUCCGAAAAUGUUACCGCUGGAACACGAGUUAUUCAAGUGCAUGCAACCGACAAAGAUACCGGACUUUUUGGCAGUAUUCAAUAUACCGGUAUAACAGGACAAGGAAAUGACGCCUUCGCAAUAGAUCCCGAUACAGGUUUAAUCACGGUCGCAAUGAGCUCCUCUCUGGACCGUGAAAUGGCAGCACAAUUGCAAUUAACUGUGAAUGCGCGUGAUGAAAACGGCAAGGGUAAUUUGGGCGUUGCACCUUUAAUAGUGAAUAUUCUGGACGUAAAUGACAACGCGCCAAUAUUCGAAAAAAGUGUCUAUGAAUUCACAUUAAAUGCCGAUUUAACGAAUUUUACAAUGCCUGCUUUUAUAAAAGCCACCGACGCUGAUGCCGAGCCACCGAAUAAUGUGAUUCGUUAUGAACUGAUCCACGGAAAUUAUGAAAAUAAAUUUUACUUGAACGAAAUUACCGGUGAAUUAAUAUUACGUUCGCCCAUCACGAAAUUCAGACGAAAGAAGCAAAGUAUUUACGAUCAUUUUUCAAAAAUACACAAAGGAUUUCAACUGGAUCAACCAGAUCAACCGGAACGUGUGACACAAGAAAUCGUAACGAAACCAACAAUAUCCACAGAUAUAAUAAAUUCCACAGAACACAUUACAAACGACAUCAAUUUAAAAGACCAAGUUGGCGAGAUAAAAAAGCAUCGAAGAAAACGAGCGGAGACUGAUAUUUUGUACACUUUAACUGCCAGAGCGUAUGAUCUCGGUGUGCCUCAUCUCGCGAGCGAAACAGAAAUCUCUAUUGUCAGAGGAACUGCCAUGGAAGCUCGCAUAAUGAUGUUUGUGGUGCCUGGAGAACAUCCAAAUUUAACGAAAACCUCCGAGACGCUGGCUACUAUCACAGGUGGACGAGUGACAGUAUUAGACACACGUCCUUUUAUGCCGAGUAAUAAAUCUGGCAGUGCUAUUCCGGCGGAAGGAAAAAGAACGAUCGUGGUAGCUCGUGUCGAACAAACCGAAGUCGGCGCACCCUUGGUAGACGUAGAAAAAAUACGCAAUACAUUGGCCGCGAAUGGGGUGGGUAUUAUCGGCGGUGCAGGCACCGCCAACGUAUCUAUGGCAUACAGCGACGUGACUACCACGAAAAGUCCAAUCGAUGGAGUCAUUCACGGGGGAAAUAACGCGGGGACUUAUGUAAACAAAACAAUCACCAACGUUCACGAGGAAGUAACUGUGUACAAAGCGGAGAAUAAACUACUCUUUUGGUUACUGAUUAUUCUGGGUCUGCUGAUGCUGCUAGCAAUCGCGGUGCUUAUCAUUUGCUGCAUCUGCCCGGGCUGUCCAUUUUACAUGGCACCCAGAAAGCGCAGGAUAUAUUCAUCGGAAACGACGAUCACUCGAUUCAAUGGUAGGCCGAAACGGCAUCUCCAUCGGAAACCAAUAGCCGCAGGCGAUAUUAUAUUGAACGGAAAAAAGCAAGCUUGGAGCGCGGAUCCAACUCGAAGAAAUUGGCAAUUUAAUCGCCGAAAUGCGAAGAACGGUGGCCUAGCGUCACUUCCUGGCGACGUUGUGUACAUUUCGGAGCGCCCUCCAAUCGACCAAGCGAACGUGGAGUCACUGAGGUUACGCGACGGUCUGACCUACGAUCCUUCCAGGAGGAGGAGAAUCGAGGAGCAGGAGAGAAUGUACGUGGAGGACGUCGAGGAGCGGAAAAUGAGAGAUUACGCGGAUGCCGCGGACGCGGAAUCCUUGCAACAGCACGAAAUCGAACGUGAUUCGGAUAUUCUGCGUCAGGCUUACAGACAAAGAUACGUCGAUCCCGAUUCGAACAACGAGCCGGCGGUAAGAGAGCAACAUUUUUACCGCGAGGGAAACGCGGAGGUGCUGCAGUUAGUAACGCGGGGGCAAGUGGAGGAUACCAGCCAACGUCAUCAUUAUCCGACGACUUUUAUAGUGGACGGCAAGGAUGUGCUGCUGCAGCGGUUUAUUCAGGAUCAAAAAACGAGACACGAUCUAUCCGUACAGGAAUCCGACAUGCGCACCGUCGAAUCUCACAGACGCCCGAAAAAUUUAUAUCAGCAGGAAAUCCUUCUCCUGCCGGACGAACUGGAAAUUAGACAUCGACGCGGGGAAGAAAUGGAAUCUAGCGCGCAAAAGCUGGCGAUGGACGACGGAUACGCGGCGCAGAAGGUAGACGCGGGAUCGCAGAUGCGAGAUGUCCACCGUAAAGAAGCAUCAAUGGACGCGCCCGGGAUUUCGUCUAUGGACAAACCGACGAUCGCCAAAGAACAAAUGCAAUCGUACGCGUUUCACGAUCUAGAGCUGGCGAGGCAGAACGUUCUGCUGACACGAUUGCUACUGGAGAGAGAAUCCAGGCAUCCAGCUGGCGGCGUGAUGACGGACGCCGCGAGCUAUCUAGAGACUCAAAGUCUUCCCGGACAGGUGGCCAUCGCGACGCAAACCGAUCGCGCCGCUGCGACGCAGACGGAACAGCACAUUCGCAGCAGAAGCGAUAACGAUGAGUCCGACGAGGAUGCUCGAAACCGAAGAAAAACGAAGUCGAAGAAGCGCUACGGCGAAAGCGAGUUGAAGAGAACGCGGACUUUGUGGAUGAAGUCGCCCAUCGAAGAAGAAGAAAGUCCGUGCUUCGACAAACGACUGAACAUUUUGAGGAAGAAGGUGAAGGAAGUAAAAGAGGGGCGAAAAGUGCCCCUGGAGCCUGAAGUGCUGCGAGAAAUCUCGGACUCUCUCGACGAAAACGGAAGUAUUUCCCGCGAGAGGGAAGAAACAUCGGCGAAAACUUGUCAACAGUCCACUGAAGGGAGUAGCAUCGCGUACAAAGUACUGGGUGCCGAGAAAAAUGGUUCCUCUUCGUCGACGGAGAUCGACAAGCAACGAGCUAAAGAAACUUUCGAUGAGAAAAGAGCGGAGAGCCUAUCGUCCCCGGAAAUAAACGCCGAUGAUGGAAAAUACAUUCGCGAAACGGAGAAAAAAUGUUCCAAGAAGGAAAGUAGAAUAAAAAAACAGAAAAAAGUGGAAUCUAUAAUAAAACCGAGCUUCCGCGUUUUGGAGAAGGAGAUUACGAUGCUGACGAAGAAGCUAAGUAAACUCGCCGAUAAAAGAGUGCAGCAGACUACGGGAGAUGAAAGCACGAGUCAAGAAAAAUCUAAGAUAUCAAAGGAGUCCAAGAAAGACUCGGAUCAAAGCACAUCAAAGAAAUCGGAGGACUCAAAGAAACACAAACGAUCCGACACUUCGCCAGGUGUAUCGAAAGAAACGAAGAGGGAAAAAUUCAAGUAUCAGCAACCGCAGGUUAUGAGUCCCGGCAGUUCCGAGUACGAGGAUACGCUUGAAAAGCCGAAAAAAUCGAAAACGGAAAUUUGCCAAGAAGCGCCGAAGCAUAAGCAAACAACCAGUCACACGAGAGUGAAAAAACAGACGCAGAUUGAGCGUAAAGAACGCAAGAAACAGAUCACUCGGCAGGAUCGAGAAUCCACGAAGCGUAAAGAUGUCGUGAGCAAAGAAAGCAAAUCGGAUUCGAAAGUUGAGAAAACUGCCAAAUUAUUGUCGCGCACGCACAAAUUGGCAGCUAUCGGUCGUAGAGAGCAUAUUUCGGAGGAGUUCAGUACAAGUACGAGUUCCGAUCGAACAAACGACAAAAAAGAUCCGUUCGACAAGAGAAGUUCCGAGUCAGAAGUCCUAUCGAAUCACGCAGAUCAGCAAAAAUCGAAACGUAGAUUUGAUCACGUAAGCGAGAGAUUUUCGGACGAUUUUAUAACAGAGUCGCAGAUGGAAGAUGUCGAUCAGCAAAGUACGCUUCGUUCCACGGGUACAAGCACGCGUAAAGAAGACAUCGUAAACGGCAAAAGAGAUGUUAAAAUAACACAACAAUUUACCGACAAUUUUGUGACACAAAAGAAAGACGCGAAAUAUCAAAUGCAAGCCGCUGAAAGUGAAAUUGAGCAAAGUGCAUUCUACGACAAAGAACAUUUGAGUUUAAAAGAAGCAGCUAUCAUAACUGAAAUUAAACAACAUAUACCCAUUGAUUUUGACAAAAAGCAAUCUGAAUUUUCUGAGUCUUACAAUAUAAAAGAAUCGAGCGAGAGAAAAAUUCCUGUGGAUUCUCCUGUUCUAAAAGAACGAGAAAUAGAGAGAUCACCAUCACCUAAAAGUAUCAUUACAGACAAAAUAAUUUAUACAUCCGAAAAGCGCAAAGAGGAAAUAGAACAACCUAAAAUUGAAGAAGAAAUGUUAGAAAAAGAGAAAACUGUACCAGAAAAAGAUGUAUACGAAUUAAAGAAAUCAAAAAAUGCCGAACAAAUAAAAGGAGAAGCAAAUAUUCUCGAAAAAGAAAGUCCGAAAGAAUUAAGCGAUGCAAUGGAACACGAAAAACACAAGACAAACGGACAUAGCGAUAUUAUCGCAUCACUAUUAAAAAUUGAAGAAGAAUUAAAAGAUGCUACACAUUCAUUACGCUCAAUUGAAAAAGACAAAAUUGUGGAAUUAUAUAAAACUGAAAGCGAAAAAGAAGAAUCAAGUCAUGAAUCAAAAAGAGAUAGCAAAGAGGAAAUGCAUUUAGAAGAGAAUAUGAUAAACACUGAGCAAAGUGUGGUAAGGAAGUUGAAAAGAGAAAAUGCAAUAGCGGAGGAUGAUUCGUUAGAUAGAAUUGAAAGUACCGUAGAAGAGAAAAUGAAAAUUACGGAGAUAGAUAUCAAUGGACAUCAAGAUAUUAUCGAAAAACCGGAAGAAACUUCAAAAGAAUUCAUAACAGAAAUUGAUUUGGAUAAAGACGUAAAAUCAACGAUUGAAACAUUUGAAGAAUCAUCCGAUAGCAAUCGAUCUUUUGUAAUAUUAUCUAAAGAUAGUGCCGCAAAUUCAAACGGUAGCCCCCACGCGUUUACAAUCGACGAUGACACGCUAAUGUACAUCGAUGAAACUAGUCCAGAAGAAGAUUCAACUCAGCCAGAGUCCAGUGAAACAAUAGAUGUUGCGAAAGAAAACACUGAUAAAGAUAAAUCGGAGAGCUUGGACGAUUCCAGUGCAAAAACAGAAGUCGAAAGCCAUGAAAUUGAAAAAGAAUCGCCGCAAAAAAUAUCCGAUCUCGAAGAAACAAAAAUGGAGAGACCCGAUGGAGACAAGCCUUUAGCGGAAAUUGCCACUUCCAAAGAAUCACUUCCGGAAGAACACGAAGAAAGAGCAAAAAAAAUAUCCAGCGCAGAAGAAAGACCCGAAGGAGAGAAAAAUGGAAGAGAAAGAUUGCCCGAAGAAAAAGAAAGAUCCGAUGACGAAGUAAGAGAAGUACUUGAUAAAGAACCUCCUGAUUUACCGACAGAUCCGAAUCAGGAGAAAUCAGUUGAAUUAGACAAAGCGAGCAAAUCUGAGACAACUGUUGAGAGCACAGGCGCCGCAGAACCGCAAGACGAAGGACCGCAGCAAGCAGACGUAAGCGUUCCAAUUUUUAGCAGCUUUAUUGAUGAUACACUCGAUAUUUCGGAGGAGAGCGACUCAUCCAGUGAUAUUUCCAGGAAAACCACGCUGACCACGAGUCCUUACGACACUCCGCGCCACCGGCAAAAGUGGCAGCAGCAAGACAGUCUUGAGAUAGCAGGAAUGAAAAUUGAAGAUGGAAAAGACGCAAGUGCGGAGGCCGAGCUGGAAGAUACAGAUAGUAAUUUGUCGUUUGAUGAAAUAGAAAAUAUAGAGGAUUCGAUCGCGAUCGAAGCGGCAGUCGAUGAACCGAAAAAGGAUGCAGAAAUUGUCGCGAUGUCCGAGAAGCUUUCGGUCGGUGAUGAAAAAGUCCAAUCUGAUUUGGAAAAAAUAAACAAUGAGGAUAAAGAAGACAGAGAUUUUGCGUCACUAGUUGAAAAAGUCGUAGAAUCGAAAGCUGAUGUAAAAAAAGAUUUAUUAACAAUUCAAGAUAAAGUUUUUCCAAGCGCCAAGGAAUUAAACGGCACGCCAAAAGAAAAUGUUAAAGAUCAAAGCAUUUCGGUAACAAAAGAGGACACGGAAAAUAAAAGUGAGAGUGCUACGCUACGUAGAAAGACCGAGGAAGUCUUUGAAACUGUAAAACAAAUAGACAAAAGCGAAAUUAGAUCGCCUUCAAGACAAACUGAGCAGGUGGUCGCGCAAGGAGAUAAAACAAGCAUUGAGGACACCAAAGUAGAAAAGACUAGAACUAAAGACACUGAGAUGGACAAAACGAAUAAAGAUAGUAAAACUGGCACACCAUCAACGUCGGAGAAGCACGCUGUGAAAACUGAAGCUUCUGAAAAUUCCGUAAAGAAAAAAAAGAAACUUGAGCGAACGAGAGCGCUGGAAGACAAGAAGCAUGUUCCUGAUGAAGAAUCGAAAGAAAAUGCGGCGUCGAGUCACUCUCGGCAUCGAUCUCGCAAGACCAUCGACGAUGACAUACAAGCGAAAGACGCAUCGCAGUAUCAGCCGCGAAAACAAGCGCCGUUCAAAUCGAGAUUCAAGAAAUCUACAGUUUCUCCGAAAACCGGCGAGAUCGACGUAAGCAAGACGCAGUCGAAAUAUAUGGCUUGGUACAAUAAGAAACGCGAAGAGAUGGAGAGAAAAAGACUGGAAAGAAGAGCGGAAGACGAGGAGCAGCUGCCGCGCUGGGCGAGCAGAAGCUUGCGGCAAACGGUGAGGCAAAGAGAGAAAGGCGCGGAGCACAAGACGCCGGAAAUGACGCCGCGCACCAGACGCAAGAUCAAGCCUCUGGUGAACGUCGAGUCCGAGCAAUUGAAAGCCAUCGUGCGCCAAGGUCGGCGAAUGAGAAAGGCCGAGGGCAAUCUUCAGGAGGACCCGCCGAUCGAGAUAUUCGCGAGGACACCUCCGGUUUCCACCGCGGACACGCAGCAUCGUCUGCAGCAACACUCGGAGUACAAAUACGAAAAAAUACCGCCGCCGUUUUACCUUCAUCCACCCCCGGCGCCGCAUCCGUCGCCGCAACUGUCGCCGGAGAGAUCGUUCGGAGAGGUGCAACCGUCUAUAUCGCAAUAUGAACGAAUCGAGGAGGACGAGCUAGAAGCUGCGAAAAACGUCGCGCUCCAAAGCGGCACUCGCUUGCGCCAUCAACAGCUUCUCGAGAAGAAGAGCGUCUUCGAUAUCGCGUACAGUGAAGCGGCGCCAUCGCAAUUGCGAUCCGAUAGCACAACCCCGCCAUCCUAAUUCUUAUCGAUAUCACAGACUUCUGUAGGGAAAAUUAUGUAUAGUUAUUUAUUUUCUAAAUGUUGCGCGGAAUAGACUGCAAUGCAUUUCUAAUCGCGUACUCUUUACUUCAUAAAGCAAUAAUUUUAUAUACAUAUCUAUAUUAAACGAUUAAAAUAGCAAAGUGAUGUCUUGUAUAUAUCUUUGUAGCGCCAUUUUACUAAUUAACUUACCAUUCGUUUUUUAAUCACUCUCGUUAUAGCAAAUUUAAAAUUCAUUUAGGAAGCAAUAUAUCUCGGUCGUUUAGCUAAUGAGAAACAAUUCUCAUCGUCUUCGACGUGUCUCGACGUUUAAAAUGCAUAAAAUACUUCCUGUAAAAUAAGAAAUGUAUGCAAUUGUUUGUAAUAUAGACACAAUAUGUUUACGUUACUGCCGAUGAAAUCUGAUAUAAACUGAUCUUUUACUAUAUGUAGCGAAUUGGCGACCAAUUUUAUAUACUAUUAUAUCCAGGUAUAAUAAUGUUUAUACAUAUGUAUCGAUCCUUUGUAUAUACGUAUAUAAAUGCAUGUUCUACACAAUUAACAUCCGUUAAUUAAUUCCAUUUUCUUGGCUUCCUAU